AUGAAAAAGAUGUUUUUAGAAAGAUAUUUCCCAGCAUCCAAAGCUGCCACCAUUAGGAAAGAGAUAUGUGGUAUAGGGCAAUAUAAUGGAGAGACAUUGUAUGAAUAUUGGGAGCGAUUCAAGAAGCUAUGUGCAAGCUGCCCUCACCACCAGAUAAGUGAUCAAUUGCUAAUUCAGUAUCUCUAUGAAGGAUUGUUGCCUAUGGAAAGAAACAUGAUAGAUGCAGCAAGUAGAGGUGCGUUGGUGGAUAAGACUCCUAAAGCUGCCAAACAAUUAAUCUCAAACAUGGCUGCCAAUUCCCAACAGUUUAGUACAAGAAAUGAUGCACCAUCCAAAAGGGUGAAUGAGGUAAAAGCUUGUGGGAUAUGUUCGACAAUGGGACACCAAACAGACAUGUGCCUAACACUUCAAGAGGAAAGGACUGAGCAGGUCAAUGCAGUAGGAAGCUUUCCUGGACCACCGAAGCAGCAUGAUCUUUACUCCAACACAUACAAUCCAGUGAAGUCCUUUGCUUUGAAUACCAAACAGUUUCAACAAGAUACAAGAUCUAGUAUUCAAAGUUUGGAGAAUCAGAUGGGUCAAAUGGCAACUGCUAUAAGUCGUUUAGAGGCUCAAGUUGGAGGGAAGUUGCCUUCUCAAACAGUGGUGAACCCAAAGGAAAAUGUGAAUACAGUGACGCUAAGAAGUGGCAAGAAAGUGGGAGAACCAAAGCUGAACAUUCCAAGUGUAGCGCAAGAAGCAGAAAUUGAAGAUGAAAUUGAGAAAGAAGAGGGUACAACUGAAUCAAAGGUAAUUCCUAACUCUUCAAUUCAACUUCAAUCUAAUACUUUACCUUUUCCUAGCAGAUUUGUGAAGUCAAAGAAAGAAGAGAAGGAUAAAGAAAUUUUGGAGAUGUUUCGCAAGGUGGAAGUGAAUAUACCUCUAUUGGAUGCAAUUAAGCAAGUGCCAAGGUAUGCAAAAUUUCUUAAGGAGCUAUGCACCAACAAGCGGAAGUUGAACGGUGAUGAGAAGAUAAUAAUGGGAGAAAAUGUGUCAGCUGUUUUCCAAAGAAAACUUACUCCCAAGUGCAAGGAUCCAGGUCCUGUGAAAGAUACUAGUGUUAUUAUCCAAUUGGCUGAUCGCACUAAUGCAUACCCUGAAGGGGUAGUUGAAGAUGUUCUUGUGCAGGUCAACAAGUUAGUGUUUCCGGCUGAUUUCUACAUUCUGGAUAUGGAUGAUUCUUCUUCUCCUUACCCUGUACCUAUCUUACUGGGAAUACCAUUCCUAAAUAUAGCUCGGACAAAAAUAGAUGUUUAUGAUGGUACCCUCACGAUGGAAUUUGAUGGUGAAUCUAUUUUUGCUAUUGAUGUUGUUGAUCUUGUUGAUUCCAUAGUGCAAGAGAUCUUUGAGCUAAAUAAUGCAGACGAGUUAGAGGCCCCUACACUAGAGUUGAAGCCAUUACCGGGCCAUUUGAAGCAUGUGUACUUGGGAGAGAAUGAGAAAGCUGACAUUAAAGGGAUUAGUCCUUCCAUAUGCAUGCAUCGGAUUUUGCUUGAAGAAGGUGCCAAACCGACACGGGAAGAGCAACGCAGAUUAAAUACCCCAAUGAUGGAUGUGGUGAAAAAAGAAGUCCUAAAGCUUUUAGAUGCUGAGGUAAUUUAUCCGAUUUUCGACAGCUGGCGUGUGUGCAUUGAUUACAGGAAGUUGAACUCAACAACUCGAAAAUAUCAUUUUCCACUUCCCUUUAUUGAUCAAAUGCUUGAGAGAUUGUUACAAAAAGAUGUGGAUUUUCAGUUUGAUGAGAAGUGCAAGGAGGCAUUUGACAAGUUGAAGACAUUGUUGACGACAACACCAGAAUUUGAUUUGCAGAUUAAAGAUAAAAAGGGAGCAGAGAAUGUUAUAGCAGAUUACCUUAGCCGUUUGGUUCGUGACAGCGAUGAGCUUCCUUUGUGA